AUGUGCUUCUACAAACCCAACGCUCCUCCCUGCACCUGCACAGUCUACGAGUUAUUCCAGCCUUGCUGGCAUGCAACAUUCUAUCCAGCGCCAAAACCGCUGCAGAACCCCAAUCCUAUUAUCCGGGUCUGUGGGACGAUGAAUAUCGCCUUGUCUGCAACUCCACGACACUGUCUGGUCUGUGAAUCUGCUGUUGCGUUCACGGGAGAUUUGACGGCUGGUUCUUACCUCGUGGAUAAUGGAGAGAAUGAGAAUUCCCUGUCUACUCAGAAUCAGAGUAUUGGAAGUCAUGAUAACUAUGGGGAAUCGGACAUUAAGAUGUCUGCUAUGAUGGAUAACUUGGAUUUGUUCUCGUCGCUCGGACAGGAAUCAGAGACUGAACCUAUGGCUUCAGGAGCAGACCCAAAUGCAUUGAACGAGAGUCUUUUCAGUGAUUUCGGAUCACUGCUACCGGAUUAUGGGGAGGUGCAGUCUCUUCUCUAA